AGAGAAAAAAGAGAAUGUCAAGGUGGGAAAGAACGCAUGUGGAGAGCGACGCCUCUCAACCUACGUACAGCCAAGUCUCUCGACCGCCAUGUGACCGAAGCAUAGCGUUUUACAACACGAGAUUGGAGGCUCACCUAAUCAAUAUCGCUGUGAACCUCACCAGAACAUGUAAUUGUGUUGAGAGAACAAUAGGAACUGUUUACUUGGUGCGAAUGCCGCUGUGCAGAAAGGAAUUCCCGACAUCGAAACGUGUGUGUCCUUUGUUUCAGACAUGUCAGAAUCGUUGAUCCUUUUUUUUCCAGCGUCGCCGCUCGCUUCGACCUCUUGCCCUUUCUUUCUAGCCUCGUUCUUCCGUCCUUCCGCUCGCUCAGCUUCUCUCGAUCCUUCAGCUCUCGAAAAUGCGCCUCCUCAAACCUCUUUUUCUCCUCGUUUUGCGUCUCCUUCUCCUGACUCCGAAGCCUGCACAAGCCGUCACUCGUUCCACCUUUUCUUCCUCGCCGUCCGCCGUCUUCUCGCGUCCGUCCGUUCGCCUCUGGGAAGAUCUGGACAAGUCUUUGCGCCUUCCGGGUGGGUCUGAGACUCGCGGUUCGUCCUUCGCUUCUUUAGCGUCAACUUCGCUUCUUGGCACUUCUCUGUCUCAUCGUCCACCUUCCGCUUCUUCUACCGUGUUUCCUCUCUCUUCUUCGUCGCCGUCUUCUGCUUCUUUCUUGUCCUCUGUUUCCUUCGCGCUGCGUUUCCAUCGGCUCGGCUCUGAUGGCUUGUCGGAGACGAAGAGUUCUUGCAAAAACCGCUGUGCGUAUUCCGUUUUCGCCUCGGCGUCUAGAGACUCCUUUUUUUCUCCGUCGGCGAGGUCUCUCGUGUCUCAUCUCCCCGCAUUUUCUGAAAGCCUAGGCUUCGCGUCAAGUCCCUGCUUUGUCUCUCCUAGCUUUCGCAUCUCUUCGCCUCGUCCUUGGGGGGCAGGAACUGCCUCAUGUAGCCAGUGGAAAUCCUUUUCAACAGCCGGAGAUCAUCACGUCAGUCCCAGUCGCUCUUUUUCCUUUUCAGAGUGUUCCUCAUCCCCUUUGAUCUUGCAGGGAGGGGAUGCAUUCUCUCCGGCCUCUUCUGUGUUUUCUCCCUGUCGCUCUGCCUCUCCUUUUUCCUCUCCUUUCUUCUCUCCGGUGUUCGCCUCCCUGUUCUCUCUCUGUCGCCUUUCUUCUCGCUCACAGUCUCUCUCCCAGUUGUCGACUUCUUUCUGCAUGUCUGAGUCUCCCCUCCGUUUCUCGGUCUCUUCUUGCCCUGACUUGCUUCCCCCGAACCUCCGUUUUCCCGCAUGUGACGGUGAAACUUUCCAAGCGGAGGACGCCGACCAGGCUGUGCGGACCUCUUCUGUCUCUGGCGACGAGGCUGGAAGGCCAAGGCGAGACGACCCUCUGUGUGUUUUUUCCACGGCGAAUGGCGACUCGUUUUUCUCUUUCCGAGACGCGGCGAACGCUGAAGAAGGUCCGCGUCGAGGCUCUGCAGAAAGGAUGAGCCUUGCGUCUCCCUUUUCGCGAGGCGAAGCAAGCUGCGCCGCGCAGAGAGGCGUCUGCAGCUUGCACAUGAAGGUGAAAGUUCCAACGCCGGCCCUCAAACCUCGGACGAGAAAGUCGAUUGCAAAGCGAUUCAAGAUCACCGCCACCGGGAAGCUGCUGUACAGACACUCGGGGCGACAGCACCUGAUGAGCUCGAAGAGUGGAAGACGAAAACGUCGUCUGCGAAAAGUCUGUGUCUUGACGGGGGUGAUGGCAAAGAAAUACCUUGCAUGCAUACACACUCCGAGAGCGCGAAUCAAACGGAGAAAACGACGUCCUCAACCUGUCUACAAGAUGUAGUGUCGAGAGCGCAAGAAACAGCCAGACACGGUAGAAGAGGAAGAGCGAAUGGCAAGGUGAGGGUGAAAGAGGAGAGUCAAGAAAGGCGGAGAAAUACGUAGAGGAAACAGAGGACCCGGCUCGUGAGAGACAACCUGCAGAUCGAACGUUCGGUGGAAGGCGCAUUUCAAAUUUCCGACACAGUUGAUGUUUCUCGCCUUCGAGGGGGGGAGAGGUCGUCUUAUACUGUCCUCUCUCUUCUACUCUCUUGUGUUGUCGCUUGCUUCCUUGCCGCCUCAUCGAUGGGUCGCCUCUUGUGCCAGUCACUCCGUUUCGCGCCUUUUCUGUCGCUCUUGGAGAACUGUUCUCUCCUUCCAUGCCGCGUUGCCUUUGCGCUUCUCUGCGUACGUUUCUCUCCUCGGUUUCCUUGUCUGUUUCUCCUCUUGUCUUUUUCCUGUGGUUCCCUCCCGGAAUUCACAAGGGUCAAACAGUGAGAACGUCUCUGAGACGAGAGACUCUCUGAAAUGGACGAGCACAGGCGCGCAUGCAGCGAUGUGUCUGGAAAGCGUCACAGAAAAGAGAAUGCUUUUGCAUUUUUCACCGUAUCUUCCACGUAUAUUCAAAGGAUUCCAGGAUUCUGCUCACCACCUGCACAUAGACCGCUCCAAAGAAGGUUUCAUUUCCUCUCUGCGCCGGAGAUUCAGGCCGCAACGAUCAGGCUAUGACGGUGGAUUGAGAUUCUCACGGCUUCCAAGUAGAUGUUGUCUCCGUACGAAGGAUGUGAGGCUCAGACGACUUGUCGCUGACACAAAUGGUUGUCACUCGACGAAGAAAACAAUGACGGUUUUGACAAGUUCCUCGUUCCUCACCAUCUCUCUGAGUUAUGGAGGCCGCGAUGACUCCAGCGGCUUCUUCAUUUCGAAGCCAAUGUUUCGCUCCUCUUCAGACAUAUUUUCUACCAGA